CCAUGUUUGGCGCUGAUGCUAGUCAAAUAGCGGUCGCACGAAAAAAGCCGUAGUGGCCGCUCUCAGGUUCUUCUCUGAACAUAUUUCUCUGGGAUGGAAUCGCAGUAUCGCAGUACAGAUUCAGUGUGAUUCAGUGUAACGUUUGAGGUUAAUAAAAUAAUUUUAUCGUUCUAGGGUUAAUUGAUAAUGAGAGAGCCUGAAGGUUUAUAUACUCCAUCUUCAUAAGCUGCUGAUAGUCUUCUUAAUAAAGGAGUAUCAACUGCGCCUAGUUCUGGUUUACCAACAUUAUUGUACCAUCCGUCAUAACCAGGAUAUUCGAUUGCGUUGCGAUACGUACUCAUUUAUUCGGAGCUGCAGCAAUUUUUACCAAGUGGUAUCGUUACAAAUGACUUGAUUCAACUACUUCCUCUCUACGCGAUAAGAAGCACACAUACAGGAAACCGAAAAUAUUAAUCACUGGCAGAUAUAAUUAGAUCACGAGCAAUAAGAGUAGGAGUUUCUUUUAUAAUUCAUUAUUUAGAUUUAUAGCUAUAUUAUAUAAAAAUGAGCAUGUGCAAAAAUAGUGGAAAAUGUAUGCACCAAGAAAGAAAGUUCUUUGGUUCGCAAUCACCACUAGAAUUGCAAUAUUAAUAUUACAAAUGAUUUUUAAUGUAUUAAUCCCCGAUCAUCAAGCAGAUGCAUUUAAAAGACCUUUAGAUGCUAUGGAGAAAAAUUCCUUCUGGGACCGAAUAAUUCAUUUUCUGUUCAAUGGUCUUACACGUUGGGAUGGCGAAUAUUUUUUACAUAUCGCAAGGUAUGGUUACACUUAUGAAAACACUCUCGCUUUUUAUCCGUUGUAUCCAACUAUGAUUCGCAUUGUCGCAGUUAUUAUGACAAAAAUAUUACCUCUAUUCAACAUCCAAAGUGCGAUGAUUAUCGCUGCGAUUUUGAUUAAUUUCGUGUGUUUCGUAAAGUCAGCUAUUAUCUUUUAUGAUCUCACUGAACAUGUAUUUCAAAAUACUGUAACAUCCUACAAAGCAGCGAUACUUUAUUGUAUAAAUCCGGCUAGCAUAUUUUUCUCGGCUAUAUAUUCAGAAUCCAUGUUUGCGUAUUUAACAUUUUAUACUAUGCUCGGAAGUAUCGAGGGUAUAUCUAACAUUUACUUUCCAUUGGCUUUAUCAACUUUGGUGAGAUCAAACGGUAUUGUCAACAUUGGUUUCCCUAUAUAUUUCGAACUUAAAAAAGCUUUAUGCAAUUCAGAAAGAUUAAAAAAACAACAAAAACACAAUGUAUUAUCAAUUUUGUGGCAUAUUUUAAAAUUAAUUAAAUUAAAAACCUACUUUACCAUAUUAAGCAUACUAAUUAUAUCGCUAUUUCCGUUUAUUCUUUUACAAAUAUAUAAUUAUAUGAAAUUUUGUACUUCUACAUUCGAUAAGACGUUAUUGCCCGUUGACAUUUUACAAUAUGCUACAGAAAAUAAUCUGAUUCUACCAGGUAGAACAGAUUCAAUAUGGUGUAACGCUAGUGUGCCUUUAGCAUAUUCAUACGUGCAAAAGACAUAUUGGAAUGUCGGGUUUUUUAGAUAUUAUCAACUUAAACAAAUACCAAACUUUAUCUUAGCUCUCCCGAUAUUAUAUAUCAUGUUGCAAUGUAUAAAAGAAUUUGCUUGUGAGUAUAGUGAUGAAUUAUAUUUAUUAGAAUUUUUUUGUAGUAAGACAAAAAGUAAAAGUAAUAUUAAAGUAAAAAAAUAUCCAUUAAAUAUGUUUGUUUUUAUAAUACAGGGAUUAUUUUUAACUAUGUUUUGCUUAUUUUUUGUACAUAUUCAAGUCAGCACCCGUUUAUUAGCCUCUGCAACUCCUUUGAUAUAUUGGUAUUGUGCAUUGAUCAUGUCUCACAAAUGUGCUGAUCAUAUCGAUUUACACUACGAACGUAACGAAAAUAUGUAUUCUAAAUGGAAAGUAUUUUUCUUAUCUCAAAAACAUUAUACAUUGCAAGAUAAAUUUGUUUUAUUUUACUUUCUAGGAUACACACUCGUAGGAUGUCUUAUGUUUUCAAAUUUCUUGCCAUGGACUUGAUAUCAUAACAUUCUAUACAUAUAUCACAUUCCAUAUGUGAAAUAUGCCUUUUGUUUCUAAACAAAAAUAUUUCUAAACAAUUCUAAAUAAUCAAACACAUAAAACUCUUGUACGUGUUAAGAAUGAUUGUGUAUUCUAUAAAAUAAAAUAACACACAACACGCGCGCGCAUUUGUAAAUAAG